AUGGACGUGCGUGUUUGGUCCAUUUUCUCUGGCGAAUUAUUGAGCAGAAUUGCUUUGGAAGCUGGCCCUGGUGUUACUGGAGCAGACAUCAAAAAAAUACUCUCUGACCAGCUGGGAAUCAAUAGGUUCAGACAAGUGUUGUAUUCGAAGGAUGGAACACAGAUUCUAAAUGGAGAAGUCUUAAACCAAAUUGAGCAUGAUGUGCAUUUGCUGGUCAAAGGAACCGGGCACGUUUCGUGCAACGAGUCCCAGCGAAGUCAAAUGGUUGAAGCUUCUGCGGCUAAUAAACUGCAGAUCCUGGAACUGCUAUUGUACGAGCAUCUUGAUCCAAACACUACAGACGCAUAUGGCAGAACCCUACUAGAAUUGGCAGCUGGCGGAGAUCAUCUGGACGUAGGCAAUCUUUUAUUGGAGGCUGGUGCUGAAGCAGAGACGAAAUCAGCCAUAAGCACUCCUCUUUUGACAGCCACUAGAAUGGGCAACACCGAAUUCGUGAACCUUCUGUUGCAGGCUAAUGCAAAUCCUAAUCGUUGCUACUGUGUUCGACCUGGAUUUCAAAAAUGUUGGACACCUUUGAUUUGUGCUGUUCGCCACGACGUGGAUUACGAUUACAGACACGCAACUAUCGUUCCCAUGCUCAUUCAAGCGGGAGCAGACGUGAACUACAGCUGUGAUAGCAUGCCACCCUUGGUUGCUGCAGUCGAGCAGUCGAGUUAUCACAUCAUGUGGUACCUGCUUCAAGCUCAGGCAAAUCCGAAUGUCACGAAUCGCAAUUUGAAGCCAGUUUUGCAUAUUGCAGUCAAAAGAAACGAUCCUACUGCUGUGGAAAUGUUGCUUCAGAACUCUGCUGAUAUAGAAUUGAGAGAUGCUCAGAAUCGAUCAGCCGAGCAGCUUGCAGCCAGUGGUGCUUUGAGAGAAAUGCAAGCUUUUGAAAUGCUCAUUCGUGGUUACAAGAGAACUUUUCGUGACUUCAGUACUGCAGAGAACAAGGCGAGGAAAAGACGCGAUUGCAAUGCUUGGUCUAACCACAUGGAUGAUAUCAAUUCGGAUGACAAUCGUUCAGAGGAAGAUUGGAAAUCAGACAAUCCCGAAGAAGAUUUGCAGCAAAUCAGGGCCAAACACUACAUGACAGACGAACUUGCUUCCAGAUGGUACAGAAUGAUGUUGAAGACAGUCGAGCUUCUGACAGAUGAUUGUCUUGCAGUUCUGCCUUCUUACUUUGGAGGACCCAGACAAGCUCGUUUAUCUCGUGAGAUCGAAUUGACAUCUGUGGUUCAGAAGCUGCAAGAUUUGAGCUCCGACAUUGUCGACAUGUGCAACGAUAAAUUACUUUCAAAAAAACAGUCUGAGGCAUUGACUGAAAACAUCUUGAACGAGAUUCCGAUGCUUGGCCAACAAGUUUUUGACAUGAAGCUGGACGAAGAGAGAAAAGUCAACCCUCACAAUCCUGCGAAAACUGUGCAGAUCAGCAACAACAGGGUGGUGUAUUAUGAAAGUUUUCAUUUGCUGAUCAACCGCUACACGUACAACAAGAAUCAUGGAAUCUCUUUUCACGAUGACAUUAAAGAAGGAUAUGAUGUGGACAAAGAUCCCAUUACUUCUUUCUCCUGCCGACUCGGGUCUUUGCUGGUUAUCAUCUCCAGCACAGCACCAGAAAAACAAGAGAAGACCGAGGGCAAACGUGCGUUUGUUGUGUAUCAGCCUCCGGGAACAAUUCUUGUGAUGGGCGGCAAGUUUCAGAGAGCUUACAAACAUGGUGUACCAAGUUUUCAGGAGAUCAAAGAGCUUCUUGCUUGUGCAGACGACUUGACUACUUGGGACGGUGUGAAACUAAAAUUGGAGUGGUUUUCGAAUUCGAAAGACUUGAUGCGACAGGAAGUUAGACGUAUUGACGCCUUGAAUCUGGUCAACGAGCAAGACGCACGUUGGAACGUCACAAUGCGAUGGGUGAGAAAUCAUUCACAGCCUUUCUGUCCUCUAAAUCCCCGACUCUUGGCAAAUAUCAGUCGACUGGAUGAAGAAAAUCAUCAGCGGAGGAAUCAGCUGAAGCAGCUGAAACUGUUGAACCCGGUAUUGCAGAAAAAAACUGCAGAGCCAAAGGCAAAGGCCGCUAGCCCGGCAUUUGCUUGGAACCCGCCCGGAGGAAACAGAGCUCGUCCAAGCAAAAGCGGAACACAGGAUGUGAAUCCGGGGAGGGAAACCGAGGAGAAAGAAUCGGAGAAAGAUUCAGAAAAGGUGAGUGACUUGCCUUCAUCAUCCAGCUCCACGACCGAUGGGCCUCAAUGGACUGUUCCAACCUCAAAGCCUGCCGGAGGGCUCCAGAGGCCAGUGCUCAGAGAACAGGAGACUUUCAUUGACAAGUUACGGGAUGAUGGAUGGAAUCAGGAUCUCUUUGCAAUGUCGGCACCGACACUGGAGAAGUUUGAGCUAGAACUCCGCGAUAUGUUGGGCGACCUCUAUGAGAUCACAACAUCAGUUCAGCGUUCAGCUUUAAAGCUGAAACAGUACAAUCUUGGUUACAAUUUGUACAACAAGAUUUCGGCAGCCAAUAUGAAAGUGAAAGAGGAUUUAGACCCGUUACUCGAGGCCGUAGAUCGGAAACUGAGGAGAUUGAAAAACUUGCAGAUGCUUAUUGAGCUUUUGUGGUUGGACAGCGAAGGUCAGGGCAAUUUCAUGAGCUGUACUACUCUGAACCAGCAGCACGAGUUCAACAAGUCAAAUGAUCAUCUGAAUCGGGUUGUGAUGUCCUUCUUUGACUUGAACGAAUGCUUGCCUGUGGACGGCUUUUUGGGCUGGGAUCACAUGAUUGAUGAAGGAUGGCUGGUGUUCAAUUUCGACACUUUACAGGACAAUCGAAAACCCAAAGCGGAGGUAACAAAAUCGAAGAAAGGUUCACCGGUCGUAGCUGAUGUCACAAUGUCAUAA